AUGAACGUAAUUGUUGUUACGUUGUUAGUAGCUGCAAUUCAUGGUGGAGCUGAUGAAUCUGCAAAACCGGAGUACAAUAGGUUCGUCAUCCCAGGCCAGAUAACUCAAUUUGAAUUCGAACAGCUUUUGAAGGAUGGCGCCCAUUUUUUCAUCGCUUUAGUGACGGGAAAUUGCCCUCACUGUGAUGAGUUGGUAGCCAAAGUUGAGGAGAUCAACAAUGCAUUGAAGAAGAUCAAGUCGUCGCUGGAGAUGCACGUAUUGGAUAUCGACUUCCCUGCGAACAAAGCAAUAAAAGAUAGUAUGAAAGCGUCUUCAUUUCCUGCCAUCUACUUAUAUUUGGGAGAUGCUGAUGGAAUAUAUUUCGAUAAGGAACGUACUGCCGACAAGAUGGUUGAAUUUUACCAACGAGUUUCAAGUGCUACUGUCACCGCUGUUGAAAAUGAGGAAGAUUUAGAAAUGUUCAAAGAUUCUGCAUAUGCGGCCGUCCUCUUUGUGAUUGAUGAGAAACUCAGGAAAAACCACCGUAUUAAUCAUAUCGCGAGAGAAAAUUAUAACGUUCACAUCGGAUAUACGAUGAAAAACUCUGAAAUUUCGAAUAAGUUCAAACAGUGGAUUAAUGUGUUUCGAAAUGGAGAACUCCAAACGUCAUCCCUACCGAAGAGAAAUGAUGAGGAAAUCGAUAAGUUUGUCAAGGUACAAACACAUCCACCGGUGUACCAUUUCCCUUCGGAUUCUUACUCACUGACUGGAUUACACGAAGAUAAUUACCUGUUCUACAUUGAUGACUUAGCAGGUGUAGUAGAAGCCACGCCUUGGUUGAAAAAGAUCGGAGACAAGCGCCGCGGUAGCUUUGUCGUGCUCCUUUGCGACUAUUCGGAUCCUACAGCCGAAAGAGCUCUUAGAUACUUUGGAGUGAUUGAAGGUGAUCCCGCCAGAGUCCGGCUUGUUGUGAGAUCGAGUGAUCUGCAUUUCAAAAUGGAAGAAGAUACAGCAGAUCCAGUUAGCGAACAAACUGUAAUAGCUUGGUUAGAAAAGUUCGAAAAAGGAGACUUGGUACCUUUCCUGAAAUCACAGUUGUUACCUGUUGAUUGGAAUAAGGAACCUUUGAAAAUUCUGGUUGGCUCAAACUAUGCUGAGGUGGUCAGUGAUGUUUCGAAGCACGUGUUCGUAUUGUUGUACAUCCCAGAAAACCGCCGUAAUGAUUAUGCAGUGGAGCAGUUCGCGAAAUUGGCUGAGUUGUUCCUCGAUUUCGAUGACGUUGUAAUUGCAAAAAUUGACAUGAACUCCAAUGAUAUUCCUCAUCAAUAUCUACGUGUUGGGAGACUCCCUGCAGCAAGAUUCUAUCCGAAAGGUGAGAAGAAAGAGCUCGAAUACAGUAAUCGUCCAGUUCUGGCAGACGUGAAAGAUUUUGUCGAAAAGCAUACUGGGUAUGUGACGAAGUUUGAUGAGACAGCAGCCUCGCAGUCGCAAGAAACCGAAAGAGAGCAAUCCCACGGAGAGUUGUAA